AUAUAAAACCGAUACCCAUUUAUUUCAGUCCCCCCAACAAAAUCCCCUUCAACAAAGAGACCCGCUCAAAUUGUAAAAAAAAAAAGACCAUUCUUUAACGCAAAUUCUCCUUUUUCUUUUUUCGAUCUUAUCCUAAAUUUGACCCCGCCCAACAGCUAUGGAGAUAUUCCAGAGGGCCAAAAUCGUCCGCCUGAAAAGCGCCCACGGCAAGUACCUGACGGCCGAGGAGGACGAGGAGUCCGUUACCCUCGACCGGAACGGCUCGUCCUCCAACGCCCGCUGGACCGUCGAGUUCGUCGAGUCCUCCGCCGGAGACAUCAUCCGGCUCAAGAGCUGUUACGGGAAGUAUCUGACGGCGUCAAACCAGCCCUUUCUGCUUGGGAUGACCGGCCGGAAGGUCCUGCAGACGCUGCCGCCCAAGCGCCUGGACAGCUCCGUCGAGUGGCUGCCCGUCAGGGACGGUGGUGGCGGCGCCGUCAAGCUGAAGACGAGGUACGGCCAGUUCCUCAGGGCCAACGGCGGCCCGCCUCCGUGGAGGAACUCGGUGACCCAUGACGUGCCCCACCGGACGGCCACAAGGAAUUGGGUGCUGUGGGAAGUCCACGUUGUUGAGAUCGUGGUGGCUGAGUCGCCGGUGGGGAAGGCGGCGCCGCCGCUGCCGCUGGUGGCCGGAAAAGAGGAGGUCGUGGAUUCAGGGGUGGUCGGAGAGGAGCUUUCGGCUAGGUAUUCUUCGAGACCGGUUAGCUUUUCUAGCCAAGAGUCAAACAACUCCUUGGCCAGUUCACUCCCAAAGGGCAGUGACGGGAGGCUGAUAUAUUUUCACAUAGCCGACGAGAAUGGGAAAAUCGACGAGGGUUUUGAGGAGCUAUGUAUUGUGUUCAAGGGGAAUGAAGUGAGCGAAUUGACUUGGAGGCUAGAAGAGGAAUUGGGAGCCGAAGGCAUUACCGUGUGCGCCAAAAGCCCUUUGAACGGCAAACUUUAUCCCCUCCGUUUGCAGCUUCCUCCCAACAACACCACAAUGCACGUUGUUGUGCUUCCACCCACUUCACAAGGUGAUUUCACCUAAUUCUUUUUUUUUUAGUUAGUUAUGAACUAGUGAUUUCAUGUUUUUAUUCUUCGUUGUAUUUGAUUGUGUGUGGUGCUUUAACAUAAAU